AUUUUGGGAUCGAUCGGGUCAAAGGUCAAGGUCAUGUAAAGGUCAACAUCUUCUUUAAAACGCAUGAAAUUUGGUGGGAUGAUUGGUUAUUAUCCGGGGACCAUUUGAUUAGAUUUUGGGAUCGAUCGGGUCAAUGUCAAGGUCAUGAAAAGUUCAAAAUCUUCUUCUUACCAUAGCACGGUCAAUUUGUAUCCAAUUGGCAUGCAACAAAUUCCAACAUGUUCAUAAUUCAAUGCCCAAUCUUGUGAUAGCGAAGGUAUGCGCUCUACCGAGUGCCCAUUCUAGUUGCACAUUUUUUGGAGCGUGCCAACUUCAGGUGUAUGCUGCACGUGGAGAAGGGGAGCGGGCGUGGGGGGCGGGUCGCUCAGAUUGGACGUAUGAAUCACGCAACAUGAUAUUGUUUGAUUGAAAGCACCAGGUCCAAAUUGAAUUCCCACCAAUGCCCCCCGCCCCUCGCCCCUCCCCCUCUUUUCUAGACAAGUGCCGAUGAAAGAUAACCGCCUCCGCAGCAUUUUGAUCCCACUUUCAAUUAGAUUAGAUUACAUACAUUUAAACAAAACACGCUGUCAAUUAUCAUCAGGUCAUUUGGUUUGAUCUCUCGCCCAAUGCUGCCAACGUGCACUUUGGAGCUGACUGCGAUGGGCCAAACAAGUUUCUGAAUAGCUGUGGGGGAAAGUGGACAUGAGACAGGCUUUGUUUGAUGCUAUCUUAAUUAUGUUUACGUCCUAAUGUUCUUCUCUUUUGAUUGCAUUCAUUAGUGCCAUAGAGAGUUUGAUUAUUAACAUAGGAAAGUGGAUGAUCGGGCUUGCUGAUCAAUGGCAUAAGUGUUAAGUGACAGGAGGGCCUUGAGAUGCAAAUGCCUGUGUGUUUGUGUGUGUGUGUGUGUGUGUGUGUGUGUGUGCACUGACUGUAAGCGGGAUGUGAUAGUGCUCACUGUUUGUUUAGGAUGACAAGACACUCUCAGGACCGGAUGGUUUGAUUUGUCGGAGGAGGGGAGCAGCAUAAAUCCCAUCACAUACACGCAUGGGCCACAAAACGCCAAUAACUUGGAAAACAACACUUUGCCCAGGAGGAGGUUUGAGUGGGAGGGAGCUGCAGCCUCAGUACCAGGCACCGCGCUGCUGCCUCAGUACCGACUGGAUAAGAGACGGAGGAGGAGGCUGCCACAUGCUGCCGCCGCCGCCGCCACCACCACCACCACCUCUCCUCCUGCUGCCUUUGUCGUAGAGGGACCUGUGGUUUUUGUUUCCUCUCUCUCUCUCCCCACCGCGGCCACGCUUUGACGGAUAUUGUUUUGAUUUUUUUUUUUCUUCCAUACCCUUGUGUUUCCCCUUUUAUUUUUUGAGGGGGUUACACGGAUUCCGUAAAGCGAGCAGAGGGGGACGUUAAGCAGUCGCGGGCGCACCAAUGUACUCACUACACGAGGGCAGCGCUCUGUUUCUGCUGCUGGUCUUGGCAGGACUGCAGAUUGCAGCAGAGGGCAGGGGCGCCCCGCCAUGCAGACCAGGCUUCUCUGACGAUGUAUACAAGGUUGUGGUGCCAGAUAUCACGGAGGAGGGACGUCCCCUUUUCAACGUGACGUUUGUCGACUGUGGCCGGCGGGGCCCGGUGCGCUUCGAAUGCAGCAACCCGACCGACUUCCGGAUAGAGGCCGACGGAGCGGUUUACGCUGCCAGGACCGUUCAGCACGCCGCCGCCGCCACCUCGCCGCUGCUGAUCAAGGCCAGUGACGCCGCCACGCUGCAGCAAUGGGUGACCCGAGUCAUCCUGACGGCCUCCGCGGACUCCGGCCAGCAGGUCCAGCAAGUUGCCGCCCCGCCAGUCGUGUCCGAGGAUUUGAAGGAAAUAGUGUUUCCAUCACGAAACGUGGACAGCCAACUCAAACGCACAAAGAGAGACUGGGUCAUCCCCCCAAUCAAUGUCCCGGAGAACUCACGAGGCCCAUUCCCACUAGAGCUUGUCCGGAUCCGGUCGGACCAUGACAAAAACCGGUCCCUCAGAUACAGUGUGACGGGUCCUGGGGCUGACCAGCCCCCCACCGGCAUCUUCAUCAUUGAACCGAUCUCCGGAGAGCUGUCUGUCAGCAAGCCCCUGGACCGAGAGCACAUCUCCAACUUCCAUCUGAGAGCUCAUGCAGUGGACCUCAACGGCAGCCAGGUAGAAAACCCUAUUGACAUUGUCAUCAAUGUGAUCGACAUGAACGACAACAGACCCGAGUUCACCCAUCAGAUCUGGAACGGCACUGUUCCAGAGGGCUCCAAGCCAGGAACUUUUGUAAUGACGGUGACAUCUGUUGACAAAGACGACCCGAAAACCGCCAACGGGAUGCUGCGCUACGAGAUCCUGUCUCAGAAUCCAGAGAGCCCGACCUCCAACAUGUUCACCAUCAACAAUAAGACGGGAGGCAUCAUCACGGUGGCCGCCGGCCUGGACAGAGAGAAAGUGCCCCAGUACACGCUGAUCAUCCAGGCCACCGACAUGGAGGGCAACCCCAUGUACGGCCUCUCCAACACGGCCACGGCGGUCAUCAGAGUCACCGACGUCAACCCGCCGGAGUUCACGGCUGAGACGGUCCAGCAAGUUGCCGCCCCGCCAGUCGUGUCCGAGGAUUUGAAGGAAAUAGUGUUUCCAUCACGAAACGUGGACAGCCAACUCAAACGCACAAAGAGAGACUGGGUCAUCCCCCCAAUCAAUGUCCCGGAGAACUCACGAGGCCCAUUCCCACUAGAGCUUGUCCGGAUCCGGUCGGACCAUGACAAAAACCGGUCCCUCAGAUACAGUGUGACGGGUCCUGGAGCUGACCAGCCCCCCACCGGCAUCUUCAUCAUUGAACCGAUCUCCGGAGAGCUGUCUGUCAGCAAGCCCCUGGACCGAGAGCACAUCUCCAACUUCCAUCUGAGAGCUCAUGCAGUGGACCUCAACGGCAACCAGGUAGAAAACCCUAUUGACAUUGUGAUCAAUGUGAUCGACAUGAACGACAACAGACCCGAGUUCACCCAUCAGAUCUGGAACGGCACUGUUCCAGAGGGCUCCAAGCCAGGAACUUUUGUAAUGACGGUGACAUCUGUUGACAAAGACGACCCGAGAACCGCCAACGGGAUGCUGCGCUACAAGAUCCUGUCUCAGAAUCCAGAGAGCCCGACCUCCAACAUGUUCACCAUCAACAAUAAGACGGGAGGCAUCAUCACGGUGGCCGCCGGCCUCGACAGAGAGAAAGUGCCCCAGUACACGCUGAUCAUCCAGGCCACCGACAUGGAGGGUAACCCCAUGUACGGCCUCUCCAACACGGCCACGGCGGUCAUCAGAGUCACCGACGUCAACGACAACCCGCCGGAGUUCACGGCUGAGACGUUUUUCGGCGAGGUGCCUGAAAACCGCGUCAACGUCAUCGUGGCCAACCUGACGGUGACCGACAAGGACCAGCCCAACACGCCGGCCUGGAACGCCGUCUACAAAAUCACCGGCGGCGACCCCACCGGCAGGUUCUCGGUGCCCACUGAUCCGACCACUAACGAGGGCCUGGUGACCGUCGUCAAGCCCAUCGACUAUGAAAUCAGUCGGACGUAUGUGCUGACGGUGGAAGCGAGGAACGACGUCCCCCUGGCCAGAGGCAUCCACUCCCCCCGCCAGUCCACCGCCUCCGUCUCCAUCCGAGUGUUGGACGUGAACGAGAGUCCCUACUUCGAGCCCAACCCCAAACUCAUCAAGCUGGACGAGGGAAUCGUGGCCGAGUCGACGCUGACCACCUUCACGGCUCAGGACCCCGAUCGCUAUAUGCAUCAAAGCAUCAGAUACUCCAAACUCUCAGAUCCAGCCAACUGGCUGAGGAUUGACCCGAACACCGGGCGCAUCACAACAAUUGCUGUGUUGGACCGAGAGUCUCCCUUUGUGAAGAACAGCCUGUACAACGCCACAUUCCUGGCUACUGAUAGCGGUAAGCCUCAAGCGAGCGGCACAGGUACUCUGCAGAUCCACCUUCUGGAUAUCAACGACAACGCUCCCAAGGUGUUCCCUCAGGAGACGGAGGUGUGCCAGAAGCCCGAGCCGAACGCCAUCAACAUCACGGCGCUGGACGGGGACCUGAACCCCAACGCGGGGCCCUUUGCCUUCGAGUUGGCCCACCGGCCCUCUGACGUCCGGAGGAACUGGACCAUCCACAGAGUCAGCGGUGACUACGCCCAGGUGAGCCUGAGGAUCGGCUUCCUCGAAAGCGGCAUCUACGAGAUCCCCAUCAUCAUCACGGACUCGGGCAACCUGCCCAUGUCCAACACCUCCUACCUGCGCAUCAAAGUGUGCCAGUGCGACGUGAAUGGGGACUGCACCGACCAGCAGCACAUCAUGGCGGCCGGCCUGGGCACCGGGGCCAUCAUCGCCAUCCUCCUCUGCAUCAUCAUCCUCCUCAUCCUCGUGCUGAUGUUCGUGGUGUGGAUGAAGCGGCGCGACAAGGAGCGCCAGGCCAAGCAGCUCCUCAUCGACCCCGAGGACGACGUGCGAGACAACAUCCUCAAGUACGACGAGGAAGGCGGCGGAGAGGAGGACCAGGAUUACGACCUGAGUCAGCUCCAGCAGCCGGACACGAUAGAGCCCGACGCCAUCAAGCCGGUGGGAAUCCGCCGUCUAGACGAGAGGCCCCUCCACCCCGAGCCACAGUACCCCAUCCGAUCAGCAGCACCCCACCCUGGAGACAUCGGAGACUUCAUCAAUGAGGGACUCAAGGCGGCCGACAACGACCCCACCGCCCCGCCCUACGACUCCCUGCUGGUGUUCGACUACGAGGGCAGCGGCUCCACGGCCGGCUCCCUCAGCUCCCUCAACUCCUCCAGCAGCGGGGGCGACCAGGACUACGACUACCUCAACGACUGGGGCCCGCGCUUCAGGAAACUGGCGGACAUGUACGGCGGAAGUGACGACUAGGUGCGCAGCCCUCCGCUCCCGUGAAAAAAUAACAAGAAAAGGAAGAAGAGAUGUGGAAGAGAAGAAGGAGAGGGGAAAAAAAAGAAAACAAAAAGGAAAAGUUUCCCGUUGAUGGACACGGACGGCUUCUGAUAUCCCCCCCCCGAGCGACGGAACUGUGGCAGAAAAGAUACAAAAAACACAAAUAAACAAACAUUGAUUCAGAAUUUUUUUCUAAAACAACCAACCUAGGCUUGUCGUUGUAGUCUACGCAUACAUAUGCUUGUUGAAAGCUUCGGCAUAGGCUGGGGUCCGGCUCUGGAGGAGGUGGGGAGGGAACACUGGGGGGCCGUCGCCGCUCGGAUUGUCGGUAUUGAAUGCGCUCAGUUACACUUGAAUUUCACAGUACAGAAGCACUGGGAUAUAAUGUGCCUUUUUGUACAUUUUUUGGAUCUAAAUGAUUAGUUUUAUGUUGAAGGCUUUAAUGGUACUGACUUUUGGAGUGAUUUCAAAUCAAGUAUGCUACACUCUUGUAUGCUUCUACAUGCUUUUUCUUUCUUUCUUUCUUUGGUUACACAACGCUCCUGUUUGUUACAAAUUAUUUAAAUAUACUACAAAGACGAAGAAAUGAAGGAUCUUCUGUUAGCUCGGACGGAAAGAAAACCAAUUAAGAACGGCACUGUACAUUACGCUAAGACUUCGAGACUUUUUUCACACAACAAAAAAAUCUAAUUAUGCAGCUGGUUGCAAAUAAAGGGAGUUAUGAAUCAUACUUUUGUAGCAGGUUGUUUUUCCAUUUGUUUCUGAGGUGAUGUAGUAUUUUGCAAAAACAACAAAAACUGUUUUGGUCUAAUCUAUGUACACUUCAUUUGCCUUAGUCAUCAUCUAAUAUUUUCAACUUUACUUCACUGUAAAAAGAUGUGUGUACAUAAUGUUUCUUUUUUCUCCUUGAUCUUUUUCUUUUAUUGUAGAAUAUGAAAAAGUUCCAAACUUGUAAAUGUAUAAUUUGGACUACAAAUUCAAGUUUUUUUGCAUGUUUUUAUCUUUUCAUGACAACAAAAAUUGAAGUGUUGUUUCCCCAAAUGAAUUUACAAAGUGGAAACAAAAAAAAAAUGUGAAAAAAAAUCUGGGUGACAUUAAAUGUGUAGAAGUUAAGUUUUUUUUUUUGUAUAAAACGUUUGAAAAAUGCAUUGAUUAAAAAUGGAAAAGUA